AUCCAAAGGGAAAGGAUUAGAGACGGAUCCAAGAAAGGGUGUGGUUGUGUGAUGAUACAGGUAUUAACCACAUUCAUAUUUUUGCAGUACUCUUUUGUGUAGGCCCAAACUUACUAACAUAUGUAUGUGGAAAUAGGGUGUGCUUGGUCUAAAUUAUGUUAUGUUGCAAGAGGGAGGGGAAUAUCCUGAAAAAUAGGGAAAAAAAAACAGCUCCUCCCAUUCAGGUGUCUUUUCCGACUUCUCCCAUUUUACUUUUGGAAUACUUGGACUUUGUUCACAGAUCUCAUAAUUGUUGCAGCAUGACGGAAUCGGCUGAGGCUGUGGCGGCUGAUGUGACCAGCAAGAGAAGCGUGACUAUUGAAAUCUCAAAUGUCACAAAUAACUACUGCCUUAUCAAUCCCAAAGCCUUCCUUGAAAAUGGAGAGGUGUUCAAUCCACCUCAACCUACCGUACGCCCCCUAAAGACAGAGGUGUGCACUUUCACUAAGUCUGGUGGAAAAGCAACCGGGAGUGUUGGUGUCAUGACCUACGAUCUCUUCGAGAAGUCCCAGAAUGACUACAUCGAGACCCUGGCCAUCAUGUUUUCAGUUCCCUGGGACUACAACCUGUACAAGAACUGGUUUGCAGUGGGCGUCUAUAAAAAGGGUCGCAACUGUGAUAAGGAUUUAUUCAAAGAAAUGUACUAUGAGAAGAAAGAGCAUGAGCAUGGUUUUGUCAGAGGGGAAGCCAAUGGCUCAGGAAUCAAUUAUGUGGGUAACUACCUUGACAUCAAAGCCACUAUGUGUCCCAUGGGCAAUGCCAUCAUGAAGGUGGAGGUAUGGGACAAGCUUUUCACACACAUGGGACAGCAGGCUUACUAGAAUCCAUUCCCAGUCGCAGAAUCCUUCCUCGCGGUCUGUUUUUCUACAGGCUUCCUCCACUAAAAUGAGCAUGCACUCUUUAACAGCUGUUGUUGCUGACAUGUGUCUCUAUGCCUUGGUAUUGCCCUCUAGCUUAUAGUUUGUUUAAGAUCUGAAUUUGUUUUGUUCUUCUAAAUCCUGACAGAAAUAUUUUCUUUUUAUACCAGAAGCCUUUCUGUAUUUCUGUGCUAUUCAGUUUUAAACUGGCAUCUUUAGAAAAGGAAAUCAAAGGAUGACUCAUUGAAGGAUGAGGGCACACAGCUUAAUAAAAUACUCAGAGUGGCUGUCUGAAUUCACCUUGACAUUAUCCUUUCAGGCAUAAAAUAAAUAUUUUCUCUGAAGCUUAA